CAGACCCCGGGUCGCGGCUGGGCGGCGCGGCCCGGGCUGCAGCGAGGGCCCGGGCGGGCCCCUCGCGCCCUGCCGCCAGGCCGCCAUGCAAGGCCCGGGAGGGAACGUGAGCCGCGGACUGCCAGGCGCGCCGGCCUCCACCGUGGCGUCCGGGGCGGGCCGCUGCGAAAGCGGCGCGCUCAUGCACAGUUUCGGCAUCUUCCUGCAGGGGCUGCUCGGCGUCGUGGCCUUCAGCACACUGAUGCUUAAACGCUUCAGAGAACCAAAGCAUGAAAGACGACCGUGGAGGAUAUGGUUUUUAGAUACCUCCAAGCAAGCCAUAGGGAUGCUCUUCAUCCACUUUGCAAAUGUGUACCUAGCAGACCUCACUGAAGAGGACCCCUGCUCACUGUACCUCAUCAACUUCCUUCUGGACGCCACUGUAGGCAUGCUUCUCAUUUAUGUGGGCGUACGUGCUGUCAGUGUCUUGGUGGAGUGGCAGCAGUGGGAAUCCCUGCGUUUUGGAGAAUAUGGAGACCCUCUGCAGUGUGGGGCCUGGGUGGGGCAGUGCGCCCUUUACAUCGUGAUCAUGAUCUUUGAAAAGUCCGUCGUCUUCAUCGUCCUUCUCAUACUCCAGUGGAAAAAGGUGGCCCUGUUGAAUCCGAUUGAAAACCCAGACCUGAAGCUGGCCAUCGUCAUGCUGAUAGUUCCCUUCUUUGUCAAUGCUUUCAUGUUCUGGGCAGUAGACAAUUUCCUCAUGAGAAAGGGGAAGACGAAAGCUAAACUGGAAGAGAGAGGAGCCAACCAGGACUCGAGGAAUGGGAGCAAGGUUCGCUACCGCAGGGCGGCGUCCCAUGAGGAGUCUGAGUCUGAGCGCUAGUCAGAGGGAAGGAAAAGCUGAACUGAGGACUAGCCCAGGUCACUCAGCCUUAUCCAGCCAGCCAGAACCCAAUGCCGUCACAUGAUGCCAUAUGAAGUCAGGUUAGCCCCUGUGGACUAGCCGUGGAGACAGCCAGGUGAGGUGAAAUGCACCUUAUUCCAGGGAAGCAUGGAGAUCCAUGGAGUCCUGUCCUCCAGCAACAAGGGAAGUGUUGGCCACAAGCUUCUAAAAUAUGGGACUAGUUACACCUCACAGAGAUAACCUCACCUUCCUUUAUUUGCUGGGGUGUAAAUUCACAACCACAUGGUGUGGCCUCUGAUAAUAAAGUAAAAUUCACAUUGGCCAUGGUGGGGAGUGAUCAGUCAAGUGGUUCAGUCUGCAGGAAGGGUGGUGAGGCUGUUGGCCCACUCCUGGAGUGGGGGUUCACACUCCCUGCCUUAAGCCUUCUCGAGGGCUGUUGUGAUCUUCCCGAGGUUCUCAGAGGGGUGAGGGAGCAGCUGUGGCAGGGAACGAGCACGUUUGUCCUCCGUGUCUCAGCUGCAUGGAUGAGUCGAGCACGUCUCCCUCUUCAUCUUCAGCAGUGACAGCCCGUUUGCAAUUGCACGCCUUGUGUGGUCCCUGGGAUGACUCACUCCUUUUGAAAGAGACUGGAUUUAAGGCAGAUCCAGGACCCGAGCUUCCGUGCACCCGGUUGCUCCUGAUAGGAUUUGGGCCUGGCUGGGAGUUGGAUGAAGGCGUGGGGAGGAGGGCAGAUGAGGGGUGGUGACUCUCAGGUUAGCGUCACGCCCAUCUCACUGGAAGGGGGCACUCCCACU